GAAAAUGAUUACUGCGUCGGGCUGAAACUAGCAAAAAACACUUGCGUCACGCCUGGCGUUGCAUUGCCUGGGUGUAUGAUAGGGUCCAAAGGAUGCAAGUUGCCUUUAGAAAUCACUGAAGAGGAAGAAGGACACACCCUAAGUGCACCUGCGCCGUGUGCUUCAGACCAUGCAACUUAGAUCGUUCAAAUAGGGUCCUUUAUGUGUCUUUGUUGUUUUUUUUUAGCUUAUUUAAGUUUGUGGAUUUCUAAUUGUUGUUUUGCAGUUGUUUAAUUUGUCCAUGCGUAUGUUUGCUGCUUUGCAUUUUUAUUUAUGUUUGUUUAAUUUUUUGCUUUGCUGAGUUGUGCAGGUGCGUGUUUGUUGCUCAGCACAUUUCUUGUGCAUGUUUUCUUUGGUUUGUUGCAUUGCACUUGUGUUUGUUUGUUGAUUUGUGCUUGUGUGUGUUGCUUUGCAUGUUUAUUUAUGUUUUGUUUGUUUGUUGCUUAGCACUUGUCGUAAAAUUGUGCUUGUGUGUGUUGGUUUAAACAUUUAUUUAUGGUUGUUUUAUAGUUAUGUUUACACUGGUGUUUGUUUGUUUGUUUGUUUGUUUUGCCAACCACCUGUUUUUAUUUGUUAUUUGAUUUGCAUUUAUGUUAGAGUUUGUGUUUUGCACUUGUUAUGCACUAGCACUGUCAUUUGUGGCUGUAAGAGUUGAUGUUUUUGUGUCGGAAACAGGGAUGUCUGUCGCCUGCUAUUUUUAUGUUUGUGGUUUUUAUCGCGUGUCAGCGUUGACUGACUUUUCAUGACCGCUUGACCCUGACGGAGCAAAACAACACUGAUGCCAACCCACACUGAGAGGAAGUGAAACCAUCUCAGCGAUAUUUGUGGAAGACCUCCUGCUUCAUAUUUGAAGACCUCUUUAUUUACUUGUGUGCUAUUGGACUUUUUUGUUUAUAUUCUUUUUCUAUUAUGUUUGUUAUUUUUAUUGUUUUUUGCUCUGCUUUGGUGCAGUAUAUUCUCAGUGGCGCCUCCCUGCAGAUGUCUUCUGGUGAGGCUGUGAUGGUACUGAGGAAGUAAGAUCAAAGAUCAAAAGACAAAAAAGCUGAUAUAUUUCAGAGGAAGUCUUUGAGCGAUGUUGGCCCCCGAGCAGGAGCUGCUGAGCUCUUCUAAACCCGUCAAAUACGGAGAGCUCAUCAUCCUCGGCUACAACGGCUCUCUACCGAACGGAGACCGGGGCAGGAGGAGAAGUCGUUUUGCUCUGUUUAAGAGACCCAAAGCCAAUGGAGUCAAACCCAGCACCGUCCACAGCACAUGCAGUCCACAGACCGCCAAGGCCAUCAGCAACAAAGGUCAGCACAGUGUGUCGUACACGCUGUCCCGGGCGCAGACGGUAGUGGUGGAGUACACUCACGACAGCACCACUGACAUGUUUCAGAUUGGCCGGUCCACUGAAGGCCCCAUUGAUUUUGUGGUGAUGGACACGGCUCCUGGUUGUCAUGGUAACAGUGACACGCUGUCGUCUCAGAGCACCAUAUCGCGAUUCGCGUGUCGGAUCGUGUGUCAGCGAGCCCCGCCCUACACCGCGCGCAUCUACGCCGCCGGCUUCGAUUCGUCCAAAAGCAUCUUCCUGGGGGAGAAAGCGGCGAAAUGGUGGUGCGCUGACAGCCAGAUGGACGGACUGACCACAAACGGCGUGCUGGUGAUGCGACCGCGACACGGCUUCACCUGCGAGUCCAAACCGGGCGCCUGGAGAGAGAUCUCGGUCUGUGGAAACGUCUUCACGCUGCGAGAGACGCGGUCAGCUCAGAAACCCGGCAAACUGGUUGAAAACGAGUCUCAGGAGUUGACGGACGGCACGUUAAUCGAUCUGUGCGGUGCGACUCUCCUGUGGCGUUCGGCAGAAGGCCUGUCCCGCACGCCCACCCUCAAACACCUGGAGGUGCUGCGGCGGGAGCUGAAUGCGGCGCGGCCGCAGUGUCCCGUGGGCCUCCGAACGCUGGCCUUCCCCAGCUUAGAUCGCUCCUUCAGAGGCACGGCCCACGAAGACCAGCCCUGGGCCUACCUGCACUGCGGACACGUGCACGGAUACCACGCCUGGAGGGGGCGCCGCAGGGUCACGAAAGAGGGCUCGACCGAGGAGGAGGACGACGAGUCCGAGGCAAAAGAGGAGACGGAGCAGGAGCCACUGAGGGAGGGCGAGAGAGAGUGUCCGCUGUGCCGCACACGUGGUUUGUACGUGCCGCUCAAGCUGGGCCGCGAGUCAGGCUUCUAUCUGGACGGCGCACCUCCGACGCACGCCUUCAACCCCUGUGGACACGUGUGUUCGGAACGGACGGCAGCGUUCUGGAGUAAAUUGCUGCUGCCGCACGGAUCUCACGGCUUUUAUCCCGCCUGCCCGUUCUGCAUGAGGCCACUCCCUCGCGAGACCAAGGUCGUGAGACUGAUCUUUCAGGGGCCGCUGGACUGAGUGUGUGUGCCUGUGUUUUUAAGACUCUUACGUGCCAAACUGCCAGCACACAUAUUCAGCUCUCUGAUUUUCCCACAAGCCAUCUGUUCUCUGCACUGCCAGCUGUCUGACCGGACGGAGCGAAGCCUUCGUCGUACAUUCAGUAGUUUUCUGUUAAAAGUGACUGUGCUUGAGCUGCAAAAACUAACAUUAAAGUCAGCAUGAAAUCAAUCAUUCUUAUUUUUUAUGAAAAAUCACAGUAUUUAUUAUAAAUGAUUUUUCUUUGCACAUCAUUAUCAUAGAGAAGAGAUGUUGCCCCUCCCUCUUGCAGCGACAUCUCUUCUCUGAUGAUGUGUUUACUGUUGUGAGGGCGGGGCAACCUGUCAAUCACACGAGCUCCACCAAUAGCAAACCACAACCAUCCAAUCAAUUCCCCAUGUAAAAAUCAAGCCCCGCCCUACAUUUGUUCUUGUUUGUGAAGACGUUUCAUUUGGAUAUACAUCACAAUAGGGAAGAAAAGACUAGCUCAAGUUCAGUUUCAUGACUUUAACAUUCUUUACCUGUUAUGAAUCUGUAUGAAUACACUUCAGUGGGUGUGUAAACCUGUUUUCUGAAUUUUCCUUUCAUUUGUGCUUGUUUCAAAAUGCAACAGAUUAUCACCUCGAAAAAUGCCAAUGAUUUUCAUAAUCAAGUUUGAAAUGAGGUUGUUAUAUUAUGUUAUAAUGUAUAUAUAUAUAUAUUAAAACUGUGUUGUUGCAUUUUCUCAGAAAUGUUUUGUAUCAUUCUUAAAGAAUAAAGGUAAUAGCUCAUAUUUCAAUAAAACACUGAGCACUUUUC